UUCCAAUUUACUACCAACCAUGUCCGACGUACGCCGCCUGCUGAAGCAAGCGCGGGCUGCUCGCUCGUCGCCAUCGACCACCCCAUCCUCUCUUCGCAAGCAAACACGGAAAGCCGCCACUGUUGCAAGCCGAUCUACAGUCAAGUCGGCAAAGGAACCUUCACCCAAAUCUCCCGCAGCGAAGCCAGACAAAGCGGUCGUCGCCGUUGCCAGUCUGGGUGGAUAUGGGAGCGACUCGCAGGAUGAAUCCAAGGAAACAGAAGCCGCGCAGUCGCGAAAGCGAAGAAGAAAGGAAACCGAACCAUCGGAAGCUCUAGAAUCCGCAAACGAUGCACUUCCGGCAGACUUCUUUGACAAUACACCAGCAGCACCAACGUCUUCUCCUCCACGCACCUCCAAUGAGCCAUCACUUUCCACUUCCGCCGAAUCAUCUCUUCAAGCACCGCCGUCUACACUUCCAUCCGACUUUUUUGAUACUAACCCAGCACAGGCCGCACGAGAAGCAGCUAAGCGAAGAGAAGACCAAUUAGCCAAAGAAUAUGAUCUCUUCAAAAAGGAGAUUGAGCAAGAUGUGAUAGCUGCUGAUCAGGUAGCAGAGGUGGAGGAAGAAGAAGAAGAUAUGGGGAGGGACGAGGAGCGACGGAUGGAACAAGAGACCUUUGUAUCACGUCUCGCAGCACUCAGAAAACAACGAGAGGAGAUGAUAAUUAGUGAACCGCAGAGCAAAAAUGUGGUGAAUGGGAGUGGAAGACCUCAAGCAUCAGUCCAGACGAGCAGUAUACGAGUGAGCACUCACGUGCAAAAAGCUUUUGAAGAUGAAGAUAUGGAGUAUGCGUACGACGACGAGGACGAUGAAGAGUCGGAAUAAUUGUAAUAUCUGUAUAUUAUUCAAUAAACAAAGAUUAAGCAUGGUGGUGAUGGGAA